AUGAAUUAUACAUUAAGAGUCAUCAGCCACGAACCGCGGUUACUUUCUUACCAAUCCAAGGUGAACUGCGAGGAACAACUUCUGCAGAUAGCAUCAGAAGUGGCUUUUCUCAAAUGUGACGCAGUUGAACUUCCAUUUCGAGAAAGUUCUGUCGACGCCAUUGUCACAGAUCUUCCAUUUGGGAAGAAGAUUGGCUCUAUUGUCGACAAUCGAAUUCUUUAUCCUCGUCUUCUUGUUGAGUGGGAAAGAGUGGUGAAACCAAGUGGUCGACUUGUCGUCAUGACUCACGACAAAAGAAGUUGGGAGAGAGCUUUGGCUUUACAUGGAGGCUGCUGGCGACCUGUCUCUCACCACAUGGUCAACGUCGGAGGUCUUCAUGUUCUAUGUCAAUGUCUCGUGAAUACGAAAAAACGAUAA